CCCCAUCAAGUCACGUGACGGGGAAUUUUGUGGACGUCACUGUUUCUUGAUCUUUCGCCAUAAUGAUACUCUAGACAGCACUGAGUGAACAAGUGUAGAGAUGGAAUCUCAAACUGCAGGCUCGUCGUCUGUUUUGGAAACAUUGAAUUCUCUGAAGGAAGUCAUUUCUCUGUUCGACUACAGACGAUUUCUGAACGCUGUUCAUCGCACAGCAUGGCAUUUGGUGAAGAGCAACGGCCAGAGCACCCGCCACAGCAAUAUUGACACGACUUGUGAAAUCUUUAUUGAAGUAUUGUCUCAGACAGACUUGGCUAAGCAGUUGGUGGUAAUGCUGGGAUAUGAGGAGAUCUCACAAUCAGAAGGAACUUUGUUUAUGCUUGACUUCAACAAGCACUUGUCGUCUCUUAAAAGUUUUUGCAAUGUUACUGAACCGCAGAUUUUGGUGACAGUGGGAGACCCAGCUGCAGACAAACCACCACCAGAUGCAAAUAAUACUUUUCACAUCAUUGCCUAUAUCAGCUACCAUCUCUACAUUCGCAUCCUUCUCGUUCUACGCUGCACCGAGCAGCCUCUCCUCUACACUCAAGAAGACAAACUCGUUCGCAGUUUCCAAGCGGUCGAAUCAGCAGCAUUGAAACUCGGCAUUAUGCAGCCAGAAUUCGGAGUGCGAGAAGUAUGGGACAGCUGCAAACGAGCAGCUCUGGACUUCGUCACCACACCAGACGCAAACAGUGGCGAAACCUUGGACAAGUCUUUGUCUGACACAAUCCAAAUGAUCAACGAGGAAGUGGAAACAAAAUUCUCUUUCCAUGUUCACGGCGUUAUGAGCUACCUACAGAACUUGCAAGCUCUCGCCAGAAUGACGUAUGAUGCGGCUCCCAUUCCGUCGCACGCGUUUCCUAUUUUUCGACGUAAUGAAGGCCGCUUUUCACGGUCGAUCUUGUCUGAUGAAUAUCGAACCUCAAUGGACGAGGUCCGGUCCUUGAUGGACACGGCGUGCCAACGUGGACUAACUGCCGAUGAAAGAGAGCAGCUCUAUGGAAGAAGCGAGACCUACAGAUGA